AAGCUCACGAGGGCAGGCUGCAAAAAUAAAUAAAUAAAUAAUAAAAAACCGAAGUUUUGUGUGCUUGUGAGUGAUCCCUUGAACAGAAACGCAGUGCUGUUUUUCAGCCUCUGUAGCACCUGAAGAAAGGUAUCUAAAAACAAGUCACUGAAAUGAACCACAGGACAGUCUUGUUCUUGUUGCUUUUGUCCUUUUCAAACUAUACUGAUCGCGACACAGUUUGGGCUGCAGAUAAGUACAGCACUGAUAGGUGUGAACAUCCUGCCCCGUUGCAAUUCACAGAUGAAUUUGAAGAAUAUUCCUUUCUUGUCGGCAAAAGCUAUCGCUAUAAUUGCACACGUGGUUACAAAAGAAAAGCUGGAACCUCCUCUCUGAUCCACUGCAUGAAUGAAAGUGGGAUAGCUCAGUGGUCAGUUCCCAACCUAAUGUGCAUCAGAGACCCAAAAUUAAAAGGAGCCACAGAUCCUCCACAAAUGAAUAAAGGUAGUACUGCAGAUAUUACAGAACAAUCUGCUGCUAUAAGUGUUGGUGUAAAGGCAGGAGGUUCAGUAGCUGCUGUGCUGCUGUUGAUUAUUAUAACUGCUAUUGGGAUAUGCAUUUACAAAAUAAAAUGGGGCAGGAAUAUAAUUCUAACUCCAGCAACAGAACUGCAAACCAUGACAAAUCCAGAGCAACCAUCACCCCUGAUGUCAGGUUAAGUUUAAAUGAGCCAGCAACUGAAAAUGGAGACACCAUGGAUUGACAUUUUACUGCAUACAAGGGAGAUCUUUUUGAUGUUAGGGCUAAAUAAACAAUUAUGGAAUGUGCAAUUAAUUCACUCGGGGUAAUAUGGAUCGAAUCACUGUCCCCAUGAACCUUUUGGUUUAGUGAACUUUCCAGAAAUAAAAAGAAAAUGUUCAUGUGACAAUUUAAAAAUGUAUAUAUUAUUAUUUAUUACAUGUUGAGAUGCUGACAAUGGGAAAAUCAGCUAAAAAAAAAAUACAUUUUCAACACUUGUACAAGAGAAAUGGACUAUUGAUACAAUAAAUUUAUUCAAGCCUUGCUCAGUAGGUUCAUAUUAUUUACAGUCUUCCUAACAUGUAGAGCAUUGCAUGUUCAAACUUCAACAGCCUAUAUUUGCACAAACUGCAAGCAAAUGGCCCACUUAAUAAAAAAAAUCUGUAAUGUUGGCAGCUUGCCCAUGGAGUAAAAUAAAGAUCAUAGUCUCUAUGCUGAAUCCUUGGUUCUCCCCUCCAGUCUGUAUAUUGUAGUUGUCUGGUUCAAAUCCAAUUCUGAGAUUCUAAGAAUAACAUAAGCGUUCAACAUAAUUUUGAAUGUGUAAACCAAAUAAAGUGCACUGACAUUAAUUGAAAUUCCAUUAAUUGUAACUAUUGAUACUUAAGUAAAAUAAAAACUGUAAAUGAUUAAAA